CGCGUUCUCUCUCCGUGGUGCUGAUGGGACGCGGUCUUCUGCGCAGCCGGGACUGCGCAUGAUGCAUGACAGAUGCGCGCGCGCGAACCAUCCGGUGAGCCUCCAUCUUGGUCUUCCUUGACCUGCCCAAAUUGAUCCACCCCUCUAAAAAACCAACAAGAACCAAAACAACACAGCGGUAACACAGCCAAGAUGCCGCUUAGGCGCGAUGAUGUGACUCUCCUUUAAAGACAAGCUUGCUGGAAGAAGGACGCUUUAAAGCCCCCUCGGGGGAAGAAGGAUGGAAAGGAGCGGCAGCGGCUGGUCGGGAAGGCGCCGUUAACAACAAUUAGCCCCAUCAAGCUUUCGCCGGUUGGUCCGGAGGGGAGUUUUUCGUCAAACGUCUGACAGGCUCCACUCGACACGCAAGAUGGGUGUCCAGAAGAAGCUGAUGGUCUUCCUUCUGGUGUUGUGCGUUUGCCUCCAAGGAGUGUCUACCAAAGAGAAGGGAACCAAGAAGGGCAAGAAGAAAGGGAAGCAGGUUUACUGCCCGUCGCAACUGUCAUCCGAGGAUCUGGCCCGCGUGCCUGCCAAUUCCACCAGUAACAUCUUGAACAGGUUACUGAUCAGCUACGAUCCCAGAAUACGGCCCAACUUCAAAGGAAUACCCGUGGAAGACCGAGUGAACAUUUUCAUCAACAGCUUCGGCUCCAUCCAAGAGACGACCAUGGACUACCGAAUCAACAUCUUCCUACGGCAGCGCUGGAACGAUCCGCGGCUCAAACUGCCGCAGGACUUCAAGUCCGACUCGCUGACCGUGGAUCCCAAGAUGUUCAAAUGCCUCUGGAAGCCAGACCUGUUCUUUGCCAACGAGAAGAGCGCCAACUUCCACGAUGUCACGCAGGAGAACAUCCUCCUCUUCAUCUUCCGCAACGGUGACGUGCUCAUCAGUAUGAGGUUGUCCGUCACGCUGUCUUGUCCGCUAGACCUGACGUUGUUCCCCAUGGACACUCAAAGGUGUAAAAUGCAACUGGAAAGCUUCGGCUACACCACGGACGACCUGCAGUUCAUGUGGCAGACGGGGGACCCCGUGCAGAUGGACGCCAUCGCCCUACCCCAGUUUGACAUCCGACAAGAAGACAUAGACUACGGCAACUGCACCAAGUUUUACUCAGGGACAGGCUACUACACGUGCGUGGAGGUCAUCUUCACCCUGCGACGACAGGUGGGCUUCUACAUGAUGGGCGUCUACGCACCCACGCUACUCAUCGUGGUGCUCUCCUGGCUGUCCUUCUGGAUCAACCCCGACGCCAGCGCUGCCAGAGUUCCGUUGGGCAUCCUGUCGGUGCUGUCACUGUCUUCCGAGUGCACAUCUCUGGCUUCGGAGCUCCCCAAGGUGUCAUACGUGAAGGCCAUCGACGUCUGGCUGAUCGCCUGCCUGCUCUUCGGCUUCGCCUCAUUGGUGGAGUACGCCGUGGUGCAGGUUAUGCUCAACAGCCCUAAGCGCAUUGAGGCCGAAAAGGCCAGGAUCGCGUCCAAGGAGAAGGCGGCGGGAAAGGGCGCUGCCAACACCGCCGCCAGGAACAACACCGUCAAUGGAACCGGGGGGACGCCGCUCCAUGUCAGCACCUUGCAUGUGGCGGAGACACGCUGCAAGAAAGUGUGCACCUCCAAGUCGGACUUGCGCACCAACGACUUCAGCAUCGUGGGCUCGCUCCCGCGGGACUUUGAGCUGUCGAACUUUGACUGCUACGGCAAGCCCAUCGACACGGCCGCCGGUGGCAAAUCACAGGCCAAGAACAACAAGAAACCCCCUCCCCCCAAGCCUGUCAUUCCGUCGGCCGCCAAGCGGGUGGACCUGUACGCCCGGGCCCUCUUCCCCUUCACUUUCCUCUUCUUCAACGUCAUCUACUGGUCCUGUUACUUGUGAUCGCCGACACCCCGGUCCUGACCUCCCACCCAUGCCCCCCUCCCCCCAAAAAACAAAACAAAAAAAACGGUGCUUCCUUCCAUCAAAAGCGUGUUAAUCCCACUCGUACAAAACUAAAACUAUAUAAUCUAUUUAUCUUAUCUAAAUGUUAUUUAUCAUCACUACUGAUGAUUUAGUCAACAGCUUUGCCAAAUGCACACUUCUAUAAAAAAAGAGUUUUUAUCAGGGGUGGGCAAAGUGUGGCUAGUAAUCUCGGCCACCUAUUAUUUACAGUGCAUCUGGAAAAUAUUCACAGCACUUCACAUUUUUAGUCACGACCAAAACUCAGUAAAAUAUUUUUUUCACGCCCAAAAUGUUACUCUCAAUUCAUAUUGUCAUAUUUAACAUCUAAGUUAUUAGAUUCACUUUUUUUAAAUUGGUGCAUUGAGUUGUUGAAAAGUGUAUUUAAAUUACAUUUAUUUAUUAAUUAUAAUUCAGUUUCAAUUUUACGUAUUUUCCCUACAUAUAUGAAAUUGUUCUUUUCAUCUCAUCUGGGACAGUGUCUGUUAUGAAAAUGAAAUGUGCAAAUUGGGGAAAAAGGUUUGCCCACCCCUGGCUUACUGUAUAUAUAAAUAUAUGUUUAUAUAUAUUUAUAUACAUAUAUAAUAUAUAUAACAUGUACAUAGCUUCUAUUUAUCAUGAGCUUAUUUUGUUUCUCAAGCAGAACGUUCCGUUGUUACGUUGCAUGUUUUUUAAAGCCGGGAAACGCAUGCAUGUGUGAACAUAUAAGUAGAAUAUCAAAGUAGGCAUUUUAAAUGACUUUUCUCGGGUGGGGGUUUCCCUAAUAUUUUUGCUCUUGAGUGACAGGCCCCACUGCCACCCCUUCACUGUGAUGUUUUCCACCUGUGUAUGCGGGUUGCAAGCAAAAGCUUAAUAAAAAGACAACUUUUCACGUAACGUGAUGCACACCGAAA